GAGGUGACCACAAGAUGAUCAACUAAGGAUCGAAUGACGUCCCCAAAUCCACAAAAAGAUGGAAGUCACUAUCGCUGAACGGCACAUGUAGUUUCUACAUUGCAGACCCAUGUUACCUCUAAUAUCCGUUAUUCUCCAAAACUCAUACCAGUCAAUAUGUGGAAGCAUGUGGUCCUAUUUGCGCUCGCGACUGGAACAUCAUGCCAUGUGCUAGAUUACAUAGAUCCACUCAUAGGUUCUAACGGUGGAGGGAACGUAUUCGCUGGGGCUACACUUCCUUAUGGCAUGGCAAAGGCAGUGGCAGAUGUGGACGGGCAGAACACUGGGGGAUUUUCAACAGACAAUAGCAAUGUCACAGGCUUCUCAUCCAUGCAUGACGCUGGGACUGGUGGGAAUCCUUCAUUGGGAAAUUUUCCUCUUUUUCCACAGUUCUGUCCUGGGAAUGAUUUGAAUAAUUGCAGAUUCCCAAAGGACUCCAGGAAGCUCCCAUACAAAAAUGAUACCGUUGUCGCGAGACCUGGCUAUUUCGCAUUGACAUUGGACAACAAUAUCAGCGCUGAGAUGACAACCACGAAACAUGCUGCUCUGUAUCAAUUCAGCUUUCCCGAUGCCAAAGCAGAAAAUGGGACUACACUCCAUCCCCUCAUCCUGGUGGACCUUGAUGACUUGUGGCUCAGCAGGCAGAACGCUUCCGUCUCCGUGGACGCAGCCACAGGAAGGAUAAGUGGCAACGGGACUUUCUUACCCUCUUUUGGAGCAGGAUCAUACGUAUUACACUUCUGCGUUGACUUUGCAGGUGCCUCUAUUUUUGAUUCUGGCAUGUAUGUCAACGAUCGAGCUGGGACGGAACCGAAAGAGUUAUAUGUUACACGAGGUUUUAAUUUGUUCUACAUACAGGCAGGAUCCUUUGUUCGGUUUCAUCGACCAUCUGACGGAACUAUCAGCGCAAGAUUCGGUGUUAGCUAUAUCAGCAGCGACAAGGCUUGCCAGAAUGCUGAGCAUGAGAUACCAGAUUGGGAUUUCGAUGUCAUACGCGCUCGUGCGGAAGAUGCGUGGAUAGAAAAACUUGACCACAUCUCAAUUACCCCUGGUGGGGCAAGCGAAGAUCUCCAAAACACAUUUUACAGCGGUCUGUACCGGAACAUGAUCAAUCCACAAGACUACACGGGCGAAAAUCCUCAGUGGGAGAGCGAUGAACCAUACUUUGACUCAUUUUACUGCAUAUGGGAUGCUUUUCGAGCGCAACAUCCUAUGUUAACUAUCAUAGACCCUAACGAACAGUCUCGCAUGGUGCGAAGCCUGCUCGAUACGUACAAGCACAGGGGUUGGUUGCCUGAUUGUCAGAUGAGCUUAAGCAGGGGAUGGACCCAAGGAGGAAGCAACGCCGACGUAGUUCUCGUAGAUGCAUACGUCAAGAAUCUUACCGGGAUAGACUGGAGUCUAGCAUACGAAGCUGUUAUUAAGGAUGCGGAGGUCGAGCCCCUGGACUGGUCAAACCAAGGCCGCGGCGGGCUGCAGAGUUGGAAGCGCCUCAAUUACAUUCCUUAUCUGGAUUACGACUACCUAGGGUUUGGUACUAACUCGAGAAGCAUCUCAAGGACGGUCGAGUAUGCAUACAAUGAUUUCGUCAUUGCGACAUUAUCUAUUGGCCUGGGUAAGGACCCAUCGGUCUAUCUGCAGCGUGCAAGCAACUGGCGAAAUCUCUACAAAUCAGACCAGACUUCUUUCAUCAACGGGACCGACACUGGUUUCGUUGGCUUCUUCCAACCUAAAUACCUGAAUGGUACCUGGGGAUACCAAGAUCCGAUUGCUUGCUCACCGCUUGCUACGUUCUGUUCUUUAACAUCAAAUCCCUCGGAAACGUUUGAGUCAAGCGUCUGGGAAUAUCAGUUCUACGUACCACAAGAUAUGGCCGCACUGAUCGAUACCCUUGGUGGAGCCGAGACAUUGAUUAAACGUCUCGACUACGCUUUCGAGUCUGGCCUCCUCGACAUCUCCAACGAACCAGUGUUCCUGACUGUGUACGCUUACCAUUACGCAGGUCGCCCUGCACUAUCUACGAAACGCGUUCACACCUACAUUCCUUCACGCUUCAAUUCCUCAUACACCGGACUACCCGGAAAUGACGACAGCGGUGCAAUGGGAAGUUUUUCAGCCUUCUCCAUGAUGGGUCUAUUCCCAAAUGCUGGGCAGAACGUAUACCUUAUCUCUGCGCCAUUCUUCGAGAGUUGGAGCAUCAAUAUGGGUAAUGAUACUGUGGCAACAGUCAAGACAGUCAACUUCGAUCCAGCAUAUAAGAACAUCUACAUCCAGAGUGUGACGCUGAACGGUGGACAAUACAAAAAGAGCUGGAUUGGUCACGAAUUUUUUGCGCAGGGCUGGACGCUGGAAAUCACCCUAGGGGACGCUGAGAGUGACUGGGGAACGAAGGAUGAAGACUUGCCGCCCAGUAUGUCUACUUCGCAGAUAGGGCAUAUGAGUCUAUAGACUUGUAUUACUAGGACAAUGAGAUGCUCCUCGAAAUUGGAAGUCGUAGGACGGCAAGUGGAAUAAUAUAGUAAGGCUGUCUUUGAUUCCAAUAUUUUGAUUCGGGUGACUCCUAUAGAUCCAGCAGUUAGUACGAUGCCAUGUAUAAGCCUCUGAUACG